UUCUGUCCUUCCCAUCCACCCCAGCCCCAGAGCUCCAUGCUCAGUGCAGGGAUGGGGCAGAGAUGGUUCUGUCCUGCUGGCAGUACCUCUGGUACCUCCACAGGCAAGGGGGCCGUGGCCAUGGCUGGUUUGCAUGCCCCGUCUCUGAGCACCAUCUUCUGCUCCGCCUGGGCCUGCCCCAUGUCUGGCUAACCCCGUGGGCAGUGCCGCUAGCAACACGCCAUCUCUCAACACAGUGGUUGGGCAGGAUGGUGCAAUGAGACACCCGUGCCCUGGCCCUGCUGAUCCAGCCCCUCUCGGUGAUGGUUGCUCAGCCCAGCUCGGGGACCGGGUGUUGGGAGGGAUGGGGGUGAGCAUAGCCUGAGGGGUGAGGGUGGUGUACUGGAGUCGCCCCAUAGCACCAUACACCGUGGGGUUCCCUGGCUUGAGGUGGGGAGAUUCUCACGGAGAGGAGGGAUUACCCUGUCCCUGAGAGCUCCCAGGCCAUGCGGUGGCGGUGGGGGGGCUCAGUUCAUGGUGUAUGGAGGGGGAAGAGGUGGUGCUGUUGGGAGCGCUGCUGGGAGCUGCAGGCCCAUGGUCCCACUCUGUGGGGGCUAAUUGCACCCCAUUGGCGGGGAGCGCUUUGUCUCCCAUUGCUACGGAUCCCAGAGGCCGAUUGCUAUUUCCUUCCCCACUGGCCCCUCUUCCCAACAGCCCUGGCUCUCAGCCUACAGGUGCCAGUAGUUCCUGGGGGGGGCGAUGGACCCCCCAAGUGGGGCAUGUUCCUGGGGGCCCUGGCCGGUGAGCUGGUCCUGCCGUGUGCUGUGCAGCCCGAUGCCCCGUCCCAGGCAUUCCCCCCUCCCGACUGGGCUGGCCCGGGCUCUAGCAGCCCCAGAUGUGCUGGGGGGGGGCUGGCUCCGGAACCCCCGGGGCCCCCAGCCCUACACCCCGGCGGGCUGAGCUGGGGAGAAGAGGAGGGCUGAGGGUGACUGGGUGGGGGGGUGGAUGGUCUGUGCACACAGCCACCAUUAGGGUUUGUAUUUUCCUGGUGCCGCUCCCCUGGUGCAAGCCGGUCUGCGAGGCAGGGGCGCUCCCGGGACGGGGGAUGCGGGUUUGCGCACACGCACGGUCCUUACCCCCAUCCCUGCGCACCGCUCACGAGCUACCACCGGGGGGGCAGUGACGCAGCUCGGAGCGGAGCGUGGCCGGGAGCUGAGCGACCUCCACCACCUGCUGACUCCCCCUCACCCUGUAUGGCCCCCCGGCUCUGCCCCCCCCGGCGCCCCUCUGCCUGGCUUCUGCGGGGCCUGCUGGCAGGGCUGGGGGGGCUGGCACUUGUGAGCCUCCUGGUUGGGGGCACAGGAGAAGAGCUGCUAUCGUGGUCACUGGCCCCCUUCCUGGGAGGCAGGGGAGGUUUCCAGCACGUAGAUCCCCCCUUGCCUGGCUCCGACUCCUUCCUGCUGCCCAACGUGGAGGGCUGCGAGCCCCGGGCCCCCUUCCUGCUGGUGCUGGUGGCCAGCGCGCCAGGGCACUCAGCCCAGCGCCAGGCGGUGCGUGCCAGCUGGGGGGGCAUCCGCUGGGCCGGGGGGUAUCCAGUGCGGACAUUCUUUGCCCUGGGGGCACCAGGCUCCAGUGAGGAGCAGACUCGGCUGGAGGAGGAGUCCCAGCGCCACGGAGACCUGGUGCAGGGCCGCUUCGCCGACACCUACGCCAACCUGACCCUCAAGACCAUGAUGCUGCUGGGCUGGGCAGCCGCCCACUGCCCUGGCGCCGCCUUUGUGGUGAAGGUCGACGACGACGUCUUUCUCAACCUGCCUGCCCUAGCCCGUCACCUGGGGGCGCUGCCCAGCCCUCGCCGGCUCUACCUGGGCCGCAUCCACUGGUGGGUGCAGCCCAACCGCGACCCCGGCAGCCGGCACCACGUCCCGGCCUCCACCUACCCGGCCAGGGCCUUCCCUCCCUACUGCAGCGGCACGGCCUAUGUGCUGUCCAGCGACGCUGUCCUGGGGGUGCUGGGGGCCACCCCCCACGUGCCGCCCGUGCCCCUGGAGGACGUCUAUGUGGGGCUGUGUGCUCGCUGGUCCGGCUUGGCCCCCACCCACACAGCCCGCAUGGCUGGAUCCACCCACUACCCCAUGGACCCCUGCUGCUAUGGGGAGGUGCUGUACAGCGUGCACCAGGUGGGCCCUCAGGCGAUGGGGGCAGCCUGGGCUAUGGUGGGGGGAGAAGGGAGAGCCUGUACCCCACUGCACAGGGGGCUGGGAGUGCUGAGGUGUAAGGUGCUAGCCCUGCUGGAGGGUCUGUGAGGGAGCCAGGACUUCUGGGUUCUAGCCUUAGCUCUGGGAGGGGAGUGGGGGCUAGUCCAGUGGUUCUCGGGGGGCAUGUGUACCAUUGGGGUACACCAAAGUCUUCCGGGGGUGCAUUGUCGCAUCUAGAGAUUUGCCUAAUUUUACAACAGGCUACAGAAAAAGCACUAGCCAAGUCAGUACAAACUAAAAUUUCAUCCAGACAAUGACUUCUUCAGACUGCACUGUGUACUGUACACUGAAAUGCAAGUGCAAUAUUUAUAUUCCAGUCAGUGUAUGGUGAAAAUGAGAAAGCAGCGGUUUGUCAGUAAUAGUGGCUGUGACACUUUUGUAUUUUUAUGUCUGACUUACGUAAGCAAGUUGAUUUUAAGUUAAGUGAAACUUGAGGGUACGCAAGACAAAUCAGACUCCUGAAAGGGGCACAGUCAUCUGGAAGGGUUGAGAGCCACAGGUCGGGGGGGACUGGGAGCCAGGACUCCUGGGUUCUAACCCCAGCUGUUAGUGCAAUGAUGCUCAAUGGCGGCCCCUGGGCCAAAUGUGACCCGCCAGCUCACCUUAAAAAAAUGUUUGUAACUAAAUUCAUGGCCAGCGAUGUGCUGCCUACGGCUUCCUUAGUAAGUAACGUACUGGAGCUUAGGUUCUCCGAUAUCAUCGGCUACGACUGAGUUGGGACGCUGCCUGUUUGAUCAUUGGUGAUGUAAAUGGAGCCGGAAAUCAAUGCGAGUGGGGGAGUAAGCAUUGCAGAGUCGCCAGCGAAUACCGAGCAUUUAACCCAAGCUGCACAGCGGAUUUUAUCUUUAUUAUGCCACCUCAUUUAAAGGCAAAGCCUUGGCAUUCCCUCUGCCAAACCACUGGAUCUGUCUGUAAGGUCGCCACAGGGAGGUGCCACUUUGGCUCAAAGCACAGUCACAUCCAUGCGGCCUGGCCACCUGGUGGUGCUGCAAAAUGUGACAAAAUGGAAAAUCGGAAGUCUUCGGGUCCUACUUGAAAGGUUCUCACGAGAUCAGCAACUUUACAGGGGAAAGCAACAGUUGCCUCGUUGGAGAACGUGGGCACUUGCUAAAAGGAAAAGGCCUUUCCUGGAUGCCAAGCUUGUGAAGGAGCGCACACUAGAACCGCUGGAGGAGCUCUUUGCUGGGGGUAAAAACAAAGCUGACAUUGUGACCUGUGUGACGCAGGUUCCCCUGUCCGAUUCCACGGUAGUGCUAAGAGUGGCUGAUAUUUGUAAUUUAUGUGACUUGACUGUCAGCACUGCUUUCCGAUUUAAAAACACCAAACACACGGCUCCUGUGGUGGACGAAUCAAGCGAUUUAAGUGACGCCCUCCAGCCAGUGCUACUUGUUAGAUUUUUAGGAUGGUGAAAUUUUGAAGGUAGAAUUUUUAUGCUUAAUACCAUUAGAAACCUACCCCACAGGAAGGAGCAUUUUUGUAAAGUUAAAAGGCUUUUUGGAAAAAAAUGGGUUUAGGUCUGCAGAAAAUAAACUUGUUUGUUACAGACAGAAGUCCCUCCGUGACAGGGAAAGGGACACUAUCACUGCCCGUCCGCUCAACUUCUACCCUGCAACAUUGUCUUUAUAAAACUGUCUUACAAGACAUUUCAGCCGAAGUCAGUGACCUGUUGCAGUGUGACGUUUGUUGGUUAAGUAGUGGGAUGCAUGGUACAGGUGUUGUGCGCUUCAAAAAGGAAUAAUAGAAUCCUUUCAAACCACAAGACCACCAAGGUUGCAAGUUCCUGGAAUGUAUGGAAGCUGUCACAAGUAGCUUUUCUGUGCGAUAUUACUGGUUGCUAGAAUUCCUUCAGCUUGCAGCUCCACAGUCGCGCAAGCAGUGCCAGGGAGCUGUUUGAGAAAGUGUGUGCCUGUCAGAGGAAUCUUGAAAUCUUUCAAGCAGACUUAACAAGAUGUUGCACUUUCCCACAUUGCAUGUUGUUGUGACAGAUGAAACCUCAAUAGAAAUGCUGCACGAAUUCCUAAACAAUCUGAUCAAACAUUUUAAAAUGGGAUUUGAGAAUUUUAAAAUUCCCAAGGAUUUGAUUUUAUUUGUUGUCUCUGCCAGUGGACCUUACCCUUCUGAAUCAAAGAACCCUCUUGAUUCAACCAAUGAAGGGGCCUUUCUAUUAGAAAAUGUAAGGCUCCAGAGCUCAGAUGUCUUGAAGGCAAAAUCCAGAGAUGUGGGACUUUGUGAGUUCUGGACUCAGUCUGCUGACCAGUUUCAGAAUAGCCAGCGUCUGGCUUUUAACCGUGUUCGGCCCAACGUACCUCUGCAAAGCUGGGUUUUCUGCCAUGAACAUUAGCAGAAAGUCAAUCACCUGAUGGACGAGCAUCUUCAUGCAUGCAUGGGCCUUGGUCUGACCGCCUACAAUCCACUCGUCAUGCUUGUUGCUGUCACCUCUCCCACUAGCGCGUGCCACAAACACGGGUAACAAUGUUGAUAAAGCUGAUGAAGUGGGCUGUAGCCCAUGAAAAUAAAUGUGUUAGUCUCUAAGGUGCCACAAGUACGCCUGUUCUUUUUGCAGCGACAGACUAACACGGCUGCUACGCUGAAACCUGUCUUAGAAGAUGGAAUCACUAAUACUUACCUUGCACUCAGGGCUUGUAUUUGUUGGCAGCUCAAGUGUUUUUUGUCAGACGUGUGCCAGUGGGCUACCCAAAGAGUGGGGAGCUUUCACUGAAUAUCACUGGGAUAGUGGGUUAGAGUUGGGGGGUGGGGGGAACCAGGACUCCUGGGUUGUGCCCUGGCUCUGUGUGAGACACCUGGGGCAAGUCA